ACUUCUGAUACCUCAUUUGAUUGGGAGGGACUUAUUCAGCAAUAAAUAAAGCAGCAAUUCUGAGCACAAUCUUAUUGGACUGGACAGCCUUCACAGACUGCUGAUAACUGCUGAACUGAGAUCUUCUUUGAGGUUCAUUCCAGGAUGGCCAUACGUGUGAUUUUGUUACUAACACUUUUUAUUGGGCUGUGUGUCACUGAUUCGAAAGAGAAUCUUGCUCUUAAUGCUGUGGUGGUGCAGUCGUCAUUAUACAACACAGAUGGAGAUGCUCAACAUGCAGUAGACGGGAAACGAGACUCAAACUGGGCGCAACGUUCAUGCACUCACACUCAAGUUGAGUUCAAUCCAUGGCUGAGAAUUGACCUCGGAAACGUCUACGGUAUAAGCAGGGUUGCUCUGACUAAUCGUGGAGACUGUUGCAAAGAGCGAAUCAGAGGAGUUCAGAUUCGUAUCGGUAACAGCCUGGAGAACAACGGCAACAACAAUGAGCUGGCUGCAACUGUUCUCACCGUUUUCGACGGCACAAAAACUUUCGAGUUUGAGCCUGUUAAUGGCCGAUAUGUCAACCUAGUUUUACCGGGGAAUGAUGAAAUCCUCACUCUCUGCGAAGUUGAGGUGUUUGCAGAAGACGACAAACCCUUGUACCUCUGUGCUCCAAGGAAUCUUGCUCUCGGAGGAAGAGCUGCCCAGUCUUCCACAUACCCUCAGUUUGGAGCCGCUGAAAAUGCUGUCGAUGGCAACAGACAGUCGAUUCACGCACUGGGGUCCUGCAGCGUGACUAACGGGGACAGGGACCCCUGGUGGAGAGUCGACUUGGGAGACGUCUACAGGGUAACCAGAGUGAGUGUCACUAACCGCGGAGACUGCUGUGAAAAGAGGAUCGAGGGAAUUCAGAUCCGUAUCGGAAACAGCCUGGACAACAACGGCAACAAUAAUGAGCUGGCAGCAAACGUUGGGGUCGUCCCACUCGGAGGCACAAAAUCAUUUGAGUUCAAGCCUAUGAAGGGGAGAUACGUCAACCUUUUUCUGCCUGGACGCAACGAAUACCUCACGCUGUGUGAAGUCGAGGUAUACUCAGGGUCUUUGUGGACCGAGGUCAUGGCGAACGGACAAGAAGAGAAUGCAGCUCUUUGGGGCAAAUCUAGUCAGUCGUCAAAUUACUCCACCGCUUAUCCUCAACUGGCUCUUGAUGGACUGCCAAGCACCUUUUCCCACACAAACGAAGAGAGCGACCCGUGGUGGAGAGUGGAUCUACUGAAGGUGUACAGAGUGAACCGAGUCACCAUCACCAACAGACCGACCAUAGGUUUUAGGAUUAACGGGGCAGUGAUUCGUAUCGGGAACUUCCUUGCCAUUGGCAGCAACAACAUAUGUGCUGUGAUCUCUACACUCGGGGACGGGGCCACGGCCAAUUUCUCAUGCGGUGGGAUGGAGGGACGUUACAUGAUUGUCCAGCUUACUGGAGAUAAGAGGAUACUUUCUCUUAGUGAAGUUGGCGUUUUCGGGGAUUUGGCAGGAAAUCUGGCGGUAGAUGGAGUCACCACACAGUCGUCAACGUUUACGGACUGGUUUGCCGAAAAGGCCAUCGACAGUAAUCGAGGUCUCCAUCAGAACACAUCGUGCUCCUCGACCCUCAGCGAGUCCAACCCGUGGUGGAGGCUGGAUCUGCGUGAACCUUACAAAAUCAUUGAAGUGGUCAUCACUAACAGGAACGACUGCUGUUCAGAACAAUUAAACGGAGCGGAGAUUCACAUCGGAAACUCUUUGGAGAACGACGGCAACAGCAAUCCCAUAUGUGCUGUUAUUGCUGCUAUUCCAGCAGGCGUGUCCUACAGAUACUCGUGCGACAGGAUGGAGGGACGUUACGUGAAUCUGAUCAUUCCUGGAGACAUGAAGACACUCGUUCUGUGUGAGGUGGAGGUGUAUGGGGAAGUUCCUAAUUUCCGCAGAUCACUUGUAAAGAUGCAGUUUAACUCCAGGGUUGACUUGACUGACCCGUCGCUGAGAGAAAAUGUGGGAUCUGCUCUGGCUGACAGAGGAUGCACAAACGUGACUCUACGCUGGUCUCAGAUGCCUAAACGGGUGAAGUAGAUGGUGAAUGCUG